UUUUCUACCAACGCUCUUCCGAACCUUUAACGUCAUACUAUACAUUUUAGAACAAUAAGCAGUACUUGCGAGUCGAUCAACAUGGGGAUUGCAGAGCUUCCCACUGAGCUUCUAGAUAUGAUAGUGGACCUGCUCGUUCCAUAUCGUUGGACCUGUCAUCCAGUGUCGAAUCGCGAUGGAUUCCUUGACCUAAGACUUGUUUGCAGGCGGUUCGACUACUCCGUCUCGUACCAAGCUCUCCGAAAGUUCGAGCUGGGAUCGAUGCCUAUUGAUAUAGAAUUCUCGUGUAUCAAGUGGCUCCUGGUUACCAAACUCCAGGCCAGUCGCGGUAUUGAGACAGGGCUCCCGGCAGCUGUUUGGGGUGCUGUAUUAUCGAUUGAAUUUUGGAAAGCUCCCGGUUUCGAGGCAUCAAUAGAGAAGGAAUAUCUUGAUUCUGCGUGUGGCUUGGUGAUUGCAAGCCGGGGUACGAGGUGGGCAGGCGAGGAGAUCGAUGCCAAGUUGAAGAGUAGGCUUCAUUCACCGCCUCCCACCAUGAAGCCUUCUGGUGAAGAAACCGAACGACUGUCUCCAAGUCACGAGCGGGCAUUAGAAGCUAUGGACUGUUUCCGGAGUCUCCACGUAGCAUCGUACCACGGUGAUAUUUCAGUCGUGCGCACAUUGCUCGAUAAUAGCAUUGACCCAAACCUGUCGAACGAAUACUUUGGUUCUGCAUUGUACGCCGCUUGUUACCGCGGCCAUGCGGAUAUUGCACGUUUGUUGAUCGAACAUGGCGCCGCUCUGGAUGGCGAAGGAUCUCUUGGGACUCCACUAGAAGCAGCAACUCAUCUAGGACACACAACAGUUGUAGGACUGCUUCUAGAUAAGGGGGCUGCAUUUUACCCCGGUAGAAUCACAACCAAAUGUCUACUCGACGCGUCUCGAGAGGGACACACAACAGUUGUAGGACUGCUUCUAGAUAGGGGGGUUACAUUUUACCCCGGUGGAAUCACAACCAAAUGUCUACUCGACGCGUCUCGAGAGGGACACACGGAAAUCGUGAAGCUACUAUUGGAACAAAACGACAUUAAAGUCAAUGCUAUAGACCACGCCGGCGAACCUCCACUCAUAAUUGCAGCGAAAAGACGACACCACGGGGUAGCAAGACUACUAUCUGCACGAGUUGAUGUAAACCCAAAUAUUGAGGAUAACAAGUGGAAAACGGCAUUACAUUAUGCAUGUCGUUACGGGUCAAACGACUUAGUACAGUGUCUUUUGUCACGGAAAGAUAUCAAUCCGAACCCAUCUUGGUCUGAGGCACCACUAUUGGAAGCGAUAAAGAAAAACCAUAACAACGUUGUGCAGCUUCUUUUAGCAUGUAGUCGUCUUGACCCGAACCACUCGGGCGAACCGAAUAAUACCCCACUAGGCUAUGCCAUUAACUUCGACAACAAAAUCGUCGUUCAAUUACUGCUAGAACGCCAGGACAUUGAUCCGAAUAAACUUGACGACCAAAGGUCACCUCUUUGUAUAGCGAUACAACGCGAAAGUUUGGAUAUUAUACGGCUUCUGUUGAAGAGGACUGACAUUGAUCUCAAUAGCACAGCUUCAAUCAGCACACCACUGUGGUGCGCAGUAAACAGCGGCAACGAUGAAAUAGUAGAAUUACUACUAUCGCAAGAUGGUAUAGACCCAAGCCUGCGUCCACAUUCUUAUAAGGCGGUACAUGAAUUUGGUUAUACAGAUACACUACUCCAGAGAGCGGCAAAGAAAGGAUAUGUGGCCAUACUACAACGACUCUUGGGGUAUAAGAUCUUGGAUCCUAAUGAAAACAGCAAACAAGGGACACCGCUCGGCCAGGCAGCAAGGUAUGGUCAAAUUGAAGCCAUGAGGUUAUUGCUAAAAAGUCCCGAGGUGGAUUUAAACAUCUCAUCACACUUUUACAUUCCAAACCGUGAAGAGAUUUCACUUGAGCACGAACGAUUCAGUCAAACGGAUUACGACGAGUCAAAAGCCGCUACGUAUAAAUUCUCUGUGCUUUCCGACGGACCCUUUGGCAAAGAAACUCCUCUCCUAGCCGCGGUUCGAGCUGGGGGGAAGUUGGAGACUCGACUCCUAUUACAGCAACCCUGUAUCGAUACCAACCUGGUGGAUGCCUCCGGACGGUCACCGCUCUGGUGGGCCACGUGCCACGGCCAUAACCGCUUCGUAGAGAAGCUUCUGCACAACCCCAAGACAUGCCCAAACAUCAAGGAUAGCAAGGGAUGGGCACCCUUGCUUGUUGCCGUAUAUAUCGGGGCAGACAGUAUUGUACGCAUCCUGUUGAAACAUCCUAGCAUCGACCCAAACACUGCUAGUGAUGAUGGCUGGACGCCGCUCCAUAUAGCCGCGAAUGAGGGGCUUGAAUUACUCGUACAGAAUUUACUACAGCAUCCCGAUAUUAAGCCAGAUUUGGCAUUGAGCGAUGGGACGACAGCGCUGAUACUAGCUGCGCGGAAGGGUUAUAGUUCGAUAGUUUCCUUGUUGGCGAAAUAUUAGCUGGUUCGACGGGUAAUGGUCUUAGUCAUUACCUAUGGAGGCCUGCUAGUUUUCUAUACGGUCUAAUAGCAGCUCCGACUGCUCUAUUUUUCAUUGAGAU